AGACACAGCUUCAAAUCAAUUUAAAUAAAUCUAUUAAAAUACAUAUUACGCAUAUAUCCACGAAAACAGUUUAAUCAACAAAAAAUUAUCAAUUCCCCAUAAAAAUAAUAAUAAUAAUUAAUGAAUGAAAUUUAAUCAAAAAAUGCUACCCAUUGGCUGCAGGGCUUGAAAUUUGAAAGAGGCCAAUUGAAUUAACUUUAUUGGAUUACGGCCAGAAAUUGCAAGGUAAUUAAUAAAUCGAGUGCGUUUGGCAUGGUUUCGGAGGAGAACUGGAACAGCGAUACCAUGUCCGACUCGGACAUGAUCGACUCGAAGAACGAUGUGUGCGGCGGCGCCUCCAGCUCCAGCGGUAGUUCCAUAUCGCCACGUACGCCGCCCAACUGUGCGCGCUGUCGCAAUCACGGGCUGAAGAUCACCUUGAAGGGUCACAAGCGGUACUGCAAGUACCGCUAUUGCACCUGCGAAAAGUGCCGCCUCACAGCGGACAGGCAGCGCGUGAUGGCCCUGCAGACGGCGCUGCGUCGCGCCCAGGCGCAGGACGAGCAACGCUCGCUCCACAUGCACGAGGUGCCGCCUCCGGCGACACCGGCAGCGGCGCUGCUUGGCCAUCAUGCCCAUCAUCAUCAUGUGCAUGCCGCUCACAGCCACGCCCAUGCGCAUCACGGCCAUGCCCAUCACGGCCAUGUGCUGCACCAUCAGCAGGCGGCAGCAGCAGCGGCCGCAGCAGCAGCGGCAGCAGCAGGAGCCGCACCGCCGGCUCAGCCACAGUCGCACCUGAACAGUGCCCACAACGGCACGGCGAGCAGUCUGCAUGGCCACGCCCAUGCCCACUCACACGUGCAUCACGCUCACAUGGCAGCUACAUCGUCUGUGGUGCAGCAGCAGCAGCAGCAACACCAUCACCAACAGCACCACCAGCAACAGCAGCAGCAGCAACAACAACAGCAACCGCCCCAUCAGGCAACUCUUCGAUCUCCCUCGCACAGCGAUCAUGGCGGCAGCGUGGGCGCAGCCACCAGCAGCUCCGGCGGUGGCGGGGUCGGUGUCGUUGGUGCCAGCUCCAGCAAUGUGGCAGCUGCUUCGAGCAGCGGCUCCGGCAGCGCAGCUGGCGCUGGCAGCAGCGGAGGCGGCAUCAGCGUCAUCACCAGCGCCGAUCAUCACAUGUCAACGGUGCCAACGCCCGCUCAAUCGCUGGAGGGCUCCUGCGACUCCUCAUCGCCAUCGCCAUCCUCCACAUCGGGCAACGCCGUGCUGCCCAUCUCUGUGUCCAGCACACGCAAGAAUGUGCCACUCGGUCAGGAUGUUUUCCUAGACUAUUGUCAGAAGCUGUUAGAGAAAUUUCGUUAUCCGUGGGAGCUGAUGCCGCUCAUGUAUGUGAUAUUAAAAGAUGCUGGUGCCGAUAUAGAUGAGGCUUCGCGUCGCAUCGAAGAGGCGCGUGUAGAAAUAAAUCGAAUUGUAGCGCAAAUCUAUUACAACUACUACACACCCAUGGCCAUCGGGCUGCAUACGAGCGCAGGGCCCAUGUACCUGACCUACCCGAGCAUCGAGCGCUAUGGCACCCAUUUUACACACCUGCCGCUGACACAGAUACGGCCGCCAACACCCGAACCGCUCGCCCUCAGCCAGACGCCGCCCAGCCCAACAAGUGCCGGCAUUCCAGCAUCCCAGCAUGCGCAUCAGAAACAAUCGUCGCGUCCCGCCAGCAGCAAUGGCACCCCACAAUCAGCUGCCUCGCCCGCUCCGGUCACGACCGUGACCACGAUCACAGCGCAAGGCCAUCAUGAGCAGCGUUCGCGUUCCGGCACGCCCACAACCCCGCCGCCGGCUCACAGCAGCAGCAACGGCGCCUACCAUCACCAGCAUCACCAUCACCAUCACAGUCAUCAUCAUGGCCAGCAUCUGGUCAGCUCCACCUCCGCCGCAGCCGUUGCGGCAGCAGCAGCCGCCACGUAACAGUAUCGCCAUGUUGCUGCCGCUGCGGCAGCAGCUGCAGCAGCUGUGCUCUUUGUCGAUAAUUAAUUAACAACUGGCUGACCUUGGAGGCCGGGCGACGAUAUUUCAACUGAACUCGACUACAACUCCUCCGUGGUAUAGAUCUAUGAAAAUAAUAUUAAUAUUAAUAAUACUUAUAAUUAUAUUCAUUAUUAUAUGAUAAACCCACACACACACACACACACACAUAGACAUUGUUUUGCUCUAAACUUAAACUAUGACAUGCAUGCAAAUAUGAUAGCGAAAUCUGUAAUACCCUGUAAGAGCAGAGGUACUCCAGCCUAAAGAAUAUAUAUUCAACUUGAUCUCAACUUAAGUGUAAAGCAAAGGUAAUCAAAAUCAAAAAUGCGCUGCUAAAAAUCAUUUAAAAAAUAUAUAUACAUAUUUAUAAAUACAUAUAUAAAUUAUAUAAACAGAGUACAGUGAAAGUUCUCUAGGGCGAACGGAUAAGAAAUCACGGCAAAUUGGUAAGACAAUUAUGAGCUAUAGAAAUAUUCAAAUUUGAAUGUCUGUUGUAUAUUUUUUUGUAUAUAAACUUAUUAAGAAAAAAAAAAAAGAAACAAUUUUAAAAAAAUGUAUUUUAUUAACUUUGAAAAAGGAAGGACUAUAAGGCAACUUUAUAUAACGUUCGCUCUAGGCAACCUUCACUGUACUUUUGCAUAAUAAUCUGAGAGCGCUGUUAAAUAAUCAAGACUUUUAAUCCGAGCAAUCACACACACAACUUAAUGAUAUCCUAGUCCUAAGUCCUGGCACCACAACAUAGAAGAAGCACCGUUUAAUAGAUUUGAAGAACAUUUGGAUAAAUAAUAUUAUAUGUGCAUAAUACUUGAUAUAUGAGAUUACAAAAGCUUGCAGCAAAAAAAUAUUUACUCUAAUUUUAAAAACGAAAUUUUACAUUUCUAUUAUUGUUUUAUUUCUAUUAAUAGUUGUACCCAUCUCAACAAAAUGUUACAUUUCCUUGGGCUGUGCACUGUCGUGUUGGAAAGGAAAGCAGGCAGUUAUCAAUUAUAUAAUUCCUUUCUUUUUUUUUUAACUUUAAGUAAUUUGUUUAGUUAGGUUUUUACAAAACAUAUAUAUAAAGUAAUAUAUUAUGCGUAUUUGAUUGUGUGUGUGUGUGCGUGUUACUUAAGAUUGACAUGAACCAAAAAAGUUAUGCUAUUCAAAUUGUAGUUGAAUUUCUCAUUCAUUUCUUUUGUAUUUGCUUAAAUAAAAGAAUUUGCUUUCAUCUAAGUAAAUCAAUUAAACAAUUAAAAAUUAAACACUUAAAUUUAAAUGCAACUCACAAAUUGUAUCUUAGCUUAGGUCUAAAUGCAAAAAUCAUAAACAAAUUUUAAAUGCUUCAAAAAUAAAAGUUUCAAUUGAAUAAACAGA